AUGCCUAGGGCCCCGCGGAAUCACAGCAAGACAUACAAAGUCCCUCGUCGCCCGUUCGGUUCAGCUCGUCUCGAUGCUGAGUUGAAGCUUGCUGGCGAGUACGGUCUACGAAACAAACGUGAGAUCUGGCGUAUCGGUCUCAUCCUUUCCAAAAUCCGUCGUGCAGCCCGUGAGCUGCUCAAGCUUGAUGACAAAGAUCCCAAGCGUCUCUUCGAGGGUAACGCCCUCAUUCGUCGACUCGUGCGGAUUGGUGUGUUGGACGAGACACGCAUGCGUCUGGAUUACGUGUUGGCAUUGAAGGUCUUCAAGACCAACCUUGCAAAGAGUAUUCAUCACGCCCGUGUUUUGAUCAGACAACGUCACAUUCGUGUUGGCAAGCAAAUUGUCAACAUCCCAUCGUUUGUUGUCCGUCUCGACUCCCAGAAGCACAUCGACUUCGCUCUUACAUCGCCAUACGGAGGCGGACGCCCUGGUCGUGUCAAGCGCAAGCGUGCUGCCGCUGCCGCAAAGCGGGAGGAGGGUGGCGACGAGGAGGAGGAAGAGUAA